GGGCGGGGACAGCGAUAAGAUGGCGGCUCCGCUGGCCGGGCAGGCGGGGGUUGUGCUGCGGGACCUGGCUCUGCGAUCCGCCCGCCUGCGGGGCGGCUUCCCGGCUGUUCAAUUAACCCCCAGACGAUGGCUGAACCUGCAGGAGUACCAAAGCAAAAAAAUAAUGGCAGACCACGGGGUUACAGUUCAGAGAUUCUUUGUAGCUGAUUCUGCAAAUGAUGCCCUGGAGGCUGCUCAGAGACUAAAGGCAAAGGAAAUUGUUCUGAAGGCACAGAUUCUGGCUGGAGGGAGAGGAAAAGGUAUUUUCAAUAGUGGAUUGAGAGGAGGAGUUCAUCUAACUAAAGACCCUAAGACUGUUGAACAGCUGGCUAAACAGAUGAUUGGGUACAAUCUGUCAACAAAACAAACUCCAAAGGAUGGUGUGACAGUUAAAAAGGUGAUGGUUGCAGAAGCCCUGGAUAUUUCCAGGGAAACGUACUUUGCAAUUCUGAUGGACAGAGCCUGCAAUGGACCUGUCAUGGUUGGCAGUCCCCAGGGUGGUGUGGACAUAGAAGAAGUUGCAGUAACUAGCCCAGAACUUAUCUUUAAGGAGGAAAUAGAUAUUUUUGAAGGCAUAAAGGAUCGUCAGGCUUUGCAGAUGGCAAAAAAUUUGGGAUUCCAAGGACCUUUGCAACAGCAGGCAGCAGAUCAAAUUAAGAAGCUGUAUAAUCUUUUCUUGAAAAUUGAUGCCACUCAGGUUGAAGUGAAUCCCUUUGGUGAAACUCCAGAAGGGCAAGUUGUUUGCUUUGAUGCCAAGAUAAACUUUGAUGACAAUGCAGAAUUCAGACAAAAAGAAAUAUUUGCCAUGGAUGACAAGUCUGAAAAUGAGCCCAUAGAGAACGAAGCUGCCAAAUAUGAUUUGAAAUACAUAGGACUGGAUGGAAACAUUGCUUGCUUUGUCAAUGGAGCUGGACUUGCCAUGGCAACAUGUGAUAUAAUAUCCCUGAAUGGUGGAAAGCCAGCCAACUUCUUGGAUCUCGGUGGAGGUGUGAAAGAAGCACAAGUGUACCAAGCAUUCAAGCUGCUGACAACAGAUCCAAAGGUUGAAGCAAUCCUUGUAAACAUAUUUGGUGGGAUCGUGAACUGUGCCAUCAUAGCCAAUGGUAUCACCAAAGCCUGUCGAGAGCUCAGGCUGAAAGUACCUCUGGUGGUCAGACUGGAAGGAACAAAUGUCCGUGAAGCCCAGCGCAUUCUGAGUGAAAGUGGACUCCCCAUCACAUCUGCCAAGGACCUUGAGGAUGCAGCAAAGAAGGCAGUGGCUAGUGUGGCCAAAAAAUAACACCCUGAAGAUUAUUCUCAUGGAAAGACAUCAUUCCUGUUGUUAUUUCGGAGGAUUAGUGGAGUUUUCCUAAGCAGUCGUCAGGUUUGGUGGACCUAAUUUGUGAUACAUGGCCAGCUCAGGCCUUAGGCUUGCAAGUUAGGCUUCAGAACUUUUGCAGCUACAAUCUUGAGAAGUUUAUAUGUCUAAUCUUGGUAAUCUAAUUUUGGUAAUUUUGUUACAAUUGUAAUAAGUAAUACUUCCUAAAUUUCUUUUUUGUCUCUCCUUCCAAAAUCGUUACUGAUAAACUCAUGAUAAGGUACAAUAAUUAGUAACUGACUUGUAUCAACAGGAUUAUUCUUUAAUCAAACACAUGUAGGUCACCUAUUUCACAAUAUUUUAAUUAAUUUUUUUAUAUUGUAAAGCGUCGGCAAACUAACGGGUUUAUAUUUUUAUAGACUUUUAGAAUAAUGUAAAAAAUUGUGCUUACAAUACCUAUUUUUAUUAAAAUGAAUGCUGUUUAUUUUCUUUUUUUUUUUAGCAACCACUGAUUUUGCCUUAAGACAAUUUCCUUUUGUUGAUGCCAAAGUAUACCUCACAAUAGGAAACGGGAUUAAACAGUUGGUAGUGAAAAGACCUUCCACUCUUUUACUGUGCCUGUAAACCUGUGAAAUGUGAUUCAUUUAUUUUCUAGUUUUUGGAAAUGAGGUGCAGUACUUCUAGGUGUAGCAGGGCCAUACAGGGAGCUCCAGGAGGAUGAGUCUGCCAGCAGGAAAAUGGCUGCUAACUUUUUGAGAUAACCUCUUUCGUAAGUAUGUCAGUGCUGUGAGGUUUUAAAAUAAGAUGAGAAACUGAAGCAGUUUUCUGCCCAGGAGCAUGGAGUAUUCUUCAAUUGAUUUAACUUCCAAAAACCAUUUCUGAUUUAUUUGGAAUAAAACAUAAAUGAACUUUUCCAUUUUUAAGGUAUUUGAUUUCUCAGGCACCAGUAAAAAUAUGUACAAGGAAAAAAAAAAAAUCUGAGUUUCAGUACUCAGAUAUUGACCAACAUUUAUUUUGAUUGUAUCUUCUUUUGUAACAGUCAAAAUUCAAGCUGUUAAUUACACAAAUCAUUCAUUCAGGGAACAGAAGGUGACAGCAAACAGCUUGUGUAACUGAAGAACUCGGUACAAAUCUGACUCAGCCCAGGACUUAUGUGCUGAAAAUCAUCAAUAAAUUUGAACAGUGAACAAAUGAAGGGAUAUUAUGAUCUGGUCUUGUAAAUGGGCAGAGAGGUAAAAAUUUGUGUAAUAAAUUCCUAAUUGUGAUUUUUUUUGAGUGGCUCUAAUCAAUACCGUGUUCCACUUAGAAAAAUGUAAAUAAAUUUCUCAUGACAUUUCCAUUAGAACUGUUACAUUCAAAAUAAAUUAUCUGCACCAAUCUUUGGCUCUUGACACAAAUAGUGUAGAUAGGUUGCUAUCAUCAAUUCCUGCAGGUUUUUUGUUCUCCAUUCCUUUCUCUACAUAUUGCUUAAGGAAAAAAUGUGUGACCAUUAGAACAGCAAUAAAUAUGCCAUGAGGUGUGUAGUUAUUGACUGAAUGAAGGAGAAGGGUGUCGUUAGCAGCUCCCUGGAAGGUGCAUAAAAGCACAGACCUCUCUGAAGGAAGAGAUGUUUACCUCACCACAAUAUAUAAAACAAUCUCACUCUAUUUUAUAUAUUUUAAUACUGGAAACAGAAGCAUUCUGUGGAAGAACUGUUUGUGCAGUGUUGUCUCACGCUGUGUCUCUAAAUUGUGGUCUCAAAACUAUUCAUUAUGUGUGUACACAAUUACUGUUCUGCAAAGAUUAAUGCUAUGUACACAGUUUCGUCAAAUAAAUGUAAAAAGUAACAUGUUUAA